AUGUACUUCAGUUGUAAUUUAAAAAAAUUUACAAAAAUUUCUAUUAAAAACUGUGAUAAAAUAUUAAAUAAAAGUCAUUAUCGAACCAAAGGAAAAUGGCCAAGGCAAAUUUUAUCAGCGAUUCAACCGACAGGUAAAAUUCAUUUAGGAAAUUAUUUGGGUGCUAUUAAAAAAUGGGUUGAAUUGCAAAAUUCUGAAGAGAAAUCAGUGAUCUUUGCAGUUGCAGACUUGCACUCUAUCACUUUGCCUCAAGAUCCGGUUGAACUUCAUAAUAAUAUACUUUCCACAGCUGCAACAAUUUUAGCAUGUGGUAUUGAUCCUAAAAAAAGUAUUUUUUUCCAACAAUCAACAGUACCACAACAUGCUCAAUUAUGUUGGAUUCUUGGUACUCUUAAUACAAUGUCUAAAUUAGCACAAGUACCUCAAUUCAAAGAGAAAUCUCAAUCACUUAAAGAUAUUCCAAUUGGGUUAUUUUUAUAUCCAAUUUUACAAGCUGCCGAUGUCAUGUUAUACAAAGCAACUCAUAUACCUGUUGGAAAAGAUCAAAUUCCUCACAUAGAUUUAAUAAAUCACCUGACAAAAUUAUUUAAUAAUCGUUAUGGUGAAAUGUUUCCAGUAGUCGAUGCCUUAGUAGAUGAAAAAACCUGUAAAAUUAGAAGUUUACAAAAUGUCGAUAAAAAAAUGUCAAAAAGCGAUAAAAGUCAAAAAUCAUGUAUAAAUUUAUUAGAUACUCCUGAUGAAAUUUUAUUUAAAUGCAAAAAAGCUGUAUCUGAUUUUCAAUCUCAGUUGACAUAUGAGCCAGAAAAGCGACCUGGAGUAGCAAAUUUAAUAAAUAUUCAUUCUAGCAUAAUGGAAAAAACACCUGAAGACAUAGUGAAUGAAAAUUCCACUCUUGAUGUAGGACAAUACAAAUUAAUUCUAGCAGAAACAAUAAUAGAACAUUUAAAGCCUAUAAAAAGAAAAAUUGAUGAGUAUUUGAAUGCUCCUGAAUAUUUAAAAGCAUUAUUGGAUGAUGGUUCGAUGAAAGCUCAAGAAAUAGCAGAAAAUACGUUAAAAGAAGUUAACAGUAAAAUUGGAUUUUUAAAUUCCUAA